AUGGACCCGACCAUGAAAUUCGGCAAGGACGCAUACGCAUCCACCGAGCUCCUAAACAAAGUCGCACUAAGCAUAGUCGGUACGACGGCCCUCUGCUGGCUUGUUCUCGCCGCGUUCUUUUGGUACCAAUUUUUCAAGCCGCUUAAGAAGGUGCGCGUCGAGAUCGAGGAGGGCAUCGAGCUGCGCGAUCUUCGGAGAGGGCCGAGGUCGAAGCCGAGGGUGGCAUCGUGGUGGCUGGAGCAUUGA